AUGUGGCGCUUCUUUACGAUAUUUAUUUGUCUGUAUGGUUUUAUGAAAGAAUUAAAAGUUGGUGAACCAUUUCUCUAUUUAUAUCAAAAUGAAGUAUUGAAUUUGACUCGAGAACAACUCACAAAUGAGGUUUACCCAUUUAGUGCGUACAGUUAUUUAUUGUCCUUAAUACCAAUAUUUUUGCUUACCGAUUUGUUGCUUUAUAAACCAGUAAUGUUACUAGAAGUAAUAGGACAAACAAUUUAUCGAGGUGUACUAGUAUUCUGCCCAACGGUUGAAGCGCAAAAAUUGGGAAUGAUGAUGUAUGGAAUGGCUUCUGCUUCUGAAAUAGCCUUCUUCUCAUAUAUUUAUGCAAAAACAGAAAAAGAUGAAUAUCAGCGGGUGACAAGUUAUUCAAGAGCAUCAACAAUGGCUGGACGUAUGAUAUGCUAUCUUUCUGCCCAAACAGUUAUUCUAACGAGAAUAGGAAACUAUGAAACUUUACAGUGGAUAGGUUUCGGAGUUCCAUGCUGUGCUGUUAUUUUUGCAAUUUUUUUACCAAAUGUUUACUGGAAAGAAAUACUUCUUAAACUUACUGAUUCAACAAAUAGAACUUCAAUUGUUGAAAGAAUUGAAUUACCAAAAACAUAUGGUGCUUACCUAAAAUACCGGUUGCAUGUAAUGAGAAAUGAAUUAGUUCGAAUAUAUCAAAUUGAUGCUAUUCGCAAAUGGUCCAUUUGGUGGGCUUUAAAUACAUGCAUGUCACUUCAGGUAGCUCAAUAUGCACAGGUACUUUGGGGUGAAGUACAAGGUAGAAAUGAACGUUCAUUGAAUGGCUUUGCAGAAGCUGCUUAUGCUGCUUCAGCAACAAUAGCGAUUUUAAUAUUGGGUUUAGCAGAAAUAAAUUGGGAUAAAUGGGGUGAACUAAUGCUUGCAGUAAUUUCUUUAACUGAUACACUGAUACUAAUUGUCUAUUCCCAAGCAGAAAGUAUACAGGUCAUGUAUAUGUGCUAUAUUGGCUACAGGUGGAAUUUAGCAAAGAAAAUGAUCGGUGAGUCAUUCGGUCUCAUAUUUGGUUUGAAUUCAUUUAUCGCUCUGACACUACAAGUACUGCUUACUAUCAUUGUACCUGACCAUCAUGGAUUAAACAUGCCAGUCCGAAAACAGUUCAUGGUAUACGCAGGAUGUCAUGCAUUCAUAGGAACAAUCUUCUUAACCUCACUCGGAUAUUCUCUCUAUCGACAUUAUAGGUGGAAAGAAAGAAUACAUACUGAGCAAUGCCAAAAACACACCUUGCAUGAGCAAAAAGUUAUUGCUUGA